AUCAAGGCAGGAUACACCCUGGAUGGAGUGACAUACAGAUUAUUAUAAAUAUAAUUAACAUGGACGCGCCACGAUAAGCAUAGAUAACCAUGGCAUUUUUAAUUACAACUGUGGUGAUACAAAAGGUUAUCAAUCUGACCAAACAUCUUGCAGUUCACCUUUGCGUAAUACAAUUCAAAAAAAAAAAUUGUCUUUGGUCUUGUCAAUUUACAAAAACUGUAUAAUUUCUUAUGACACGUAUGGCAUUUAUAGGCUAGCGACUAAAAAUACAGGCACACAUCUGAAAAUAGCUGGAGAUUUGUUUAAUCCCUAAGAGAAGACUGGUGAACUAUUCAGUGACCCAGUGCUUAACUAAUGCCUAAUCAGAGCAUGAGGAAUCUCUCUCUCUCUCUUUCUCUCUCUCUCUUCCUGUGUGUCUGUGUCUCUCGAAACUUGAAUUGCGAUCAUAAUUGACAAAGUUACAUUGUGUUGACACACUAACACACCCUGCAACGAGUUGUCGCAUGAUUUCCGAUAGAUGGCGCCCUUCAAACAUUCUUGAAAGAGAAAACUGAGGAAGCGCAAUGGUAAAGUAAUUUAACAGACAUUUAAUUUCAUAGAUUAAAGAACGUUUUUCAUGAAUGUUUUUUGUUGAUGUGUUUGUAUUUAUGCUUGUCUGGUAGGCCUACUUUGUUUUUGACCUUUGCUCAUAAAUAUGACACCUGUUUUAUCUGGCUACUCGCUUUGUAUCAGGUUUCCGCAUCGCCACCGUCAUGGCAAAAUCUGCGGCUACUGUAUCAAUGGGUCUUACAAAACGGAGACAAGAGGACAGAUGGAUGGUUGUUGGUUUACUCUCCGUUGCCUGUCAGUUUCAUCUUCAUGUGUUACCUUUUCAUCAUCUGGCUUGGUCCCAAGAUGAUGGCACACAGACGACCAAUCAACAUUAAGGCUCUUCUUAUUAUUUACAAUUUCUCCAUGGUGUGCCUCUCUGCUUAUAUGUGCUAUGAGUUCACAGCAUCAUCUUGGUUGGCAAAUUACAGUUUGUUUUGUCAGCCUGUUGACUACUCAGAAAGCCCACUGGCAAUGCGGAUGGCCAGAGUGUGCUGGUGGUUUUAUUUCUCCAAAGUGAUUGAACUUAGUGAUACAAUGUUCUUCAUUCUGAGGAAAAAGAACAAUCAGCUGACACUUUUGCACGUGUAUCAUCAUGGCACAAUGAUUUUCAACUGGUGGGCAGGAGUCAAGUAUGUUGCAGGAGGGCAGUCUUUCCUUAUUGGCCUCGUUAAUUCAUUUGUUCAUGUGGUGAUGUACAUGUACUAUGGUCUGGCUGCACUGGGGCCCCAAAUGCAGAAAUACUUGAAUUGGAAACGCUACCUCACAUGUCUCCAGCUGCUGCAGUUCUUUAUCGUGACCAUUCACUCUGUGGUCAACCUCAUCGCUGACUGUGACUACCCCGACUCAAUGAAUGCAGUAGUGCUUGCCUACGCUUUCAGCCUAAUCGCUUUGUUCAGCAACUUUUAUUAUCAGAGCUACCUCGCCAAGAAGACCAACUGAACGUGAUAACCACUAACACAAAACGUACAAACUCAUUGUACACACCUGAUUGUUUGAAUAAAAAUAUUGUAUUCCCAGAUCUCAUACCGAAUGCAGCGCUCGGGACUCUUGUCUGAAGGAUUGUUUUUAAUCUGUUAUCUCUGAACCAUUUGUCUGUAUCUUCUCCCCUCCUCCAAACAGACGAUUGUUCAUACGAUCCCCUCCCCCAUUGGUCAUUAGGGAUUGAGACCCUGCAAUGCUCUGGUGAUCUGGCCAAAUUGAAAUAAACCCGAGUCCACCUUCUGCUCCCCACUGACUUAUUUAUCUAAUCUCCCACAGUGACACUUCAUUUGUUUUACCACUCACUGGACCAGGUCAACCAAUCAGCGCGUAGCUGGGGGGAGGGUCUUAGUUAGGGCUCUGCCUCUUGUACAGCUGGCCUCUCUUAAAAUGACGUUAGCUCUAACAAACCAACAUACCAACGUAUUUUUUUUUACGUUAGAAAGUCUAUUAGCUAAUGUGAACUAUCAAUGAGCAAUAUUGUUUUUCUCCAUUUUGUGAGCUUGGCUAAUGUUAAUGCCAAUUGCUUUAUGUUUGUUCAUUGUGCAUGAGCUAAUUGUAACAGAUAUAACCUUUGACUUUAAAUAUGAGUUAGUAAAUGUCGUGAAUAAAUGAUGAAUAAAUGUCGUAGAAGUAUAUUUCAUUGAUACUUCAUGUUAGCUAAAGCAAUGAUGUAACUCAUGUUAACAAAUUCAACCGUAUUGUAAAGUGUUACUAUUUUAAAAAUAAGAUAAAUAGGCAGGGUAAUGAUAAAAGGGAUUCAAGCUUGAAGGAUGCUUGUUUUAAUUUUGUAUAGU